AUGAGGGAGCAAGAGAUCAGUCACUGUGGGACCUUUUUGCCCAAAAUGAGUGAAGAUUUUAAUACUUGCAGUUGGUCUGCUUAUCUACAUGACAACGGUUCGAUGAGAGCUUCUUAUGUUGCUGCGGAUUCGUCAUAUUCAGGAGGGUACGAGAGAGAUUUCAUGAAACAGAGAAUGCUUGAGCACGAAGCUGUAUUUAAGAACCAGGUGCAUGAGCUUCACCGUUUGUACAGAGUCCAGAGGAAGUUGGUGGAUGAAGUAAAGGGGAAAAACUCUAAUGAUGAGUUUAAUUUGAGGGAUUAUAUAUAUGAGAAUGUAAAUAAAAGGAGUAGCUAUGGUCAUUUGCAAAAUGGGUUUAGUUCAAGAGACGGGAAGGUUGUUCCUGUGAAGGCUAGGAGAAAGAUGAUUGAUCUUCAACUCCCUGCCGAUGAGUAUCUUGAUUCAGAUGAGACCGAAGAGAUUACAAUUUGCUCUCCACUCAAACGGUCGAAGUUUGGAAGAGGGGAUGCUUGUCAUGAGAACAACUCUUCAGGGUCUUGCUUGGAUGUGAAGAACUCAGAUGGAUUAGCUGACUUGAAUGAGCCACUCAGAUGGCAAGAUCCAGAACCUGUUUCUCUGUCCAGGGAUAUGCAUUCUCAUCAUGGGAGGAACAAUGCUGAUGUUCAAGGACAGUGGUUGGAGAAAAACACAAGUCAAAAUGGCUGGAUGGUCCUUCAAGCAGGGCACAGCAGAAGCACACAGAGAGACCAGCUGCCUUCCCAUUCUGUACAAGUACUCUCUAACAAUGGAUUUCAACCUCAAGGCUAUCCCAUAACUGGUCAUAAUAAGGUCCUAUUCUCCGGGGAAAGAGCAUAUCGUGAGCUGAAAGUUCGUUCAAAGAAUCCUCGAGCUUCUUGUGAUAGCUACGUUGAAUCAAGUGUGGCAUCUAAUGCUCCAAGGUUACACAAUGACUACGGCCCUGACUUCUUAAGACCAUGGAGCCACUGGUCUUCAUCAUGGGAGAAUCCUAAGAGCAGCUCACAUCAAUUGAAUCCCUACAUGAAUUUUGUGGCUCAUGGCAGGCCAGAUUCAAGUUUUGAGACGAGAAGUCCUGUCUAUAACGGGAUAUAUCAUGGAUUCUCUUCAGGGUCGAAGGAGGCUGCCAAUAAUUUUCAAUCAGCCGGAUUUAAAGAAAAUGCUUCUUCAGGUGAGGUUGUGAAAAACCAGAGUUUGGAAAGUCUUCAAGGGCCACAAAAGCAGGAACGCUCAGCUGGGUUGCCCUGGCUAAAACCUAAGCCACUUUACAAAAGUGGAAUAUCCAAUGGCUUCUUUGAUUUGAAUGCUCCGACAUAUCAAUCCAUGGAUGGAACUGACACAGGGAACGGCCUCAAUAGCGUGUCACUUCAGACGAGUUUGAGAUCAUCUGCUUCAUGCUAUAAUAAUGCCUACAUGAGAAGAGCUGAAAUGAUCAACCCACAGAGUGGGAGAAAAAUCAUUGGGUGCCCAAUCUUUGAGAAGCAUACUGUUUGCAAGGAAGAGCAUACCUUGAUAAAGCGCGACCUUGAUAUCAACUUGCCAUGUGAUGCCUCGGUUUCUGCUGACCAGCAUGGUACUAAUGACUUUCGUGUUUGUAAGAAAGAAGGAAACAAAACUGGCAACUUCAGACACUACAUUGAUCUUAAUUCAUGUGCUAGUGAGGAUGAUGAAGAUUCAGCCUUACAUUCCAGUCUGAGAGUGAAAACAAAAGGAACUAUGUGGAUAGAUUUGGAAGCUCCCCCUACUCUCGAGAGUGAAGAAGAAGAAGAUGGAGAGAGCUCGCAGGAUAAAUCUAAUGGAGAAACAUGGGGAUUAGUGAAAGGUCAAGAUGUGAAUUCUUUGGAUGAACUCAUCAAAGUAGCAGCACAAGCAAUAGUCGCCAUCUCAUUGUCUGAUCACCAACGUCUUCCCGAUGACGCAGCUUCCUCUUCAACUGAUGUGGCUGUGAAAAGUCAGCUCUCUUGGUUCGCAGACAUUAUCACUUCUCAUGGUAAGGAGUUUGAACGAAAUGCUGGUCACGAAGGAUAUUCUUCUGGGGAGAUUGAUUACUUUGAAGCCAUGACCCUUAAUUUACAUCCGACCAAGGAAGAAGACUACAUGCCAGAGCCCUUAGUCCCUGAGAAUCUGAUAUUCGAAGGGACAGGUUUGAACAGGCCAAGAAGAGGACAAGCAAGACGAGGAAGACCGAAGCGGGAUUUCCUGAGAGAUACUCUCCCUGGGCUCUCUUCUCUAUCGAGGCACGAAGUCACUGAAGAUAUCCAAAUGUUUAGUGGGCUUAUGAAAAGCAGAGAGCACACUUUGAAUUCUGGAGUGGCUGCUAGACGGAACACAAAAAGAAAACGAAUCACGAACGAAGCUCCUCCAGUUUGCCCGUCAAUGGUGCAGCCAAUGAAGGAGAGCGUAUCAGUGAUGGGACUUGAAGAUAGUAAGCUUACAGGAUGGGGAAAAGCAACAAGAAGACCGAGGAGACAAAGGUGCCCUCCUGCAGGUAAUACUGCAACUGUGAUCUUAACUUGAUGAUAGUUUCAGGAAAAUGUAUCAAACCUCAAAACAUUAUAAGAGAAGUACAAUUACUAUACACUAAACAAUAGAUUGAUGUUAAUUGAUAUCACCUAUGUUGGGGGGUGUUGUAUAUCUUAUCUUCUGUAAAAUGAGCCAAACAUGAUCUGUUUUGUAUUAUAUAAAGCCUUGUUGGUUAUAAAACAGAUAGAUUUGUUAAUUGCUGUCACUGUUUGAUGUCAA